AUGUCUGCACUUCGACGUCGUCUCGUAAACCUGGUGAACGACACGCCUUCAACCGCGGAUAGCCGGGAAAGUACUCCGGAUGCUGGUGAAGAAGUCAAACUCAUAUCAACCAAGAAACUUGAAAAACUCAGCAAACGCAAAACCAGUAAGAAGAGAUCCGGCUUUAUCUUUGGCCUGGGUGGUUUGUUGGGGUUGCUACUCGCGCUUCUUUUCGCCGAAUCUCAAGAUGUGAUCAAGCUCGAAGGCUUGCUUGAUGUCAAUCUUGAUAGUUUGAUGGAUGUCAUCCCGGCAGGGAUCAUCAAAGAUGUCAAAGAUCUUUCCAAGGCUGAACGUGAGGCGGUCAACUAUGACUCGUUCUCGGUAGGCCUCUAUCUUCAGUCUCAAGGUGUCUCGGCACAUCACCCAGUUAUCAUGAUUCCAGGUGUUAUUUCUACAGGUCUUGAAUCAUGGUCCACAGGUGCGUCUUCCAGGCAGUACUUUCGAAAGAGACUCUGGGGCUCUUGGUCCAUGAUGAGAGCCUUGGUGUUGGAUCAAGCUGCCUGGAAAAAGCACAUCAUGCUUGACAAGGACACGGGUUUGGACCCACCGGGCAUCAAAUUACGAGCAGCUCAAGGGUUUGACGCCACUGACUUCUUCAUUACCGGAUACUGGAUCUGGAACAAAAUACUAGAAAAUCUGGCCACCAUUGGCUAUGAUCCUACCAAUGCCUAUACGGCGGCCUAUGACUGGAGAUUAUCCUAUCAGAAUUUGGAGGUUCGUGAUCAAUAUUUUUCCAGAUUGAAGAACUACAUCGAAGUAGCCCAUAAGACCAGUGGCAAGAAGGCUGUUCUGGUCUCUCAUUCCAUGGGCAGCCAAGUCUUCUUCUUCUUUAUGAAGUGGGUUGAGCAUAAAGAUCAUGGUAAUGGAGGUCCAAAAUGGGUGAAUGAUCACAUUGAUUCAUGGAUCAAUAUUUCCGGCUGCAUGCUGGGGACAGCAAAGGAUAUCCCAGCUGUACUCUCUGGGGAGAUGAAAGACACAGCUCAACUGAAUGCAUUUGCUGUUUAUGGGUUAGAGAGGUUCCUGUCCAAGGAAGAGAGAGCAGAAAUCUUCCGAGCCAUGCCUGGGAUAUCUUCUAUGUUACCAAAGGGGGGUGAUGCGGUCUGGGGCAACAGCUCCUGGGCACCAGACGAUCUACCACCACCGGAACAGAACAUUACCAAUGGUGUUUUCCUGUCUUUCAAGCUCAAGACAAACUCGACAGAAACGCCGAUCAAAAAUCUUACCAUGGCCGAGUCCUUCGACUACCUCAUGGAUCAUUCCGAGGACUGGUACCGUGACCAAGUCAAACACGCCUACUCGCACGGCGUCGCACACACGAAAGUAGAUGUUGAGAAGAAUGAAAAUGUCCCUCGGACCUGGCUGAAUCCAUUAGAAGCCCGGCUCCCCGUCGCGCCCAAACUGAAGAUCUACUGCUUCUACGGAAUUGGGAAGCCCACGGAACGAGCAUAUUUCUACAAGGAGACCGAGAACCCGUUGCACGGCAACAUCAACAUCACCAUCGACACGUCCAUCACGUCUCCCGGUGCGCGUGUACAAGCACUCGGCUCGGUUGAUCGAGGAGUGGUGUUUGGGGAGGGAGACGGGACAGUAAAUCUCGUGUCGACGGGCUACAUGUGCUCGAAAGGUUGGAAGGAUAUCAAACGGUAUAACCCUGGAGGAGUCAAGGUCAAGACCUACGAAAUGCCCCAUGAACCUGACAGAUUCAGUCCUCGAGGCGGGCCGAAUACCGGUGAUCAUGUCGAUAUCUUGGGGAGAAGCAGUCUGAAUGAUUUGAUUCUCCGUGUGGCAGGUGGCAAGGGUGAUCAGAUCGAAGAGAACUAUCAGAGUCGAAUCAAGGAGAUCAGUGAAAGGGUACAGAUUUUUGAUCAUGAGUACUGA